AUGGCUCCCAGUUCGGUUCUACCCAUGCCCAACUUUGAAGGGACAAUUUCCUACUCUUUGCCUGCACCUGUCAGUGAAUUUGUCAACCGCGAUGCACUACACAAUCAGAUCUACGCGCAGCUUCGCUCCAAUCAUCAAUCAGACGGAACUACUCGCAUAGUUGCCGUGUAUGGACUCGGUGGAGCUGGAAAGACGCAACUUGUGCUUGAUUAUGUACAACGACACCGUAAAUAUUACAGGGCCACGCUCUGGAUAGACGCAAGCACUGUAUUCUCGCUACAGCGUGACAUUAUCAGUACAUAUCAAGCUUUGUUCAACCCAGCGCUACACCCCUUAUCAGGGACAGUCAAUGUCGAGUUCGCGUUGACAGGUGUUAAGAGCUGGCUCUCCAGCAGCAAAGAGCCCUGUCUGAUGGUGUUCGAUGGCGCGGAUGAUAUUAACAACCGCGAUGCCAGCGGAUACAUUGACAUACAGCAUUUCAUACCAGAUUCAGCAUCCCUUCAUACCAUUGUCACGAGCCGAAAUAGCUCAGUGGGAGGCAUAACGCAGCUGGCUGGCAUUCACGUGCGUGAAAUGGAGGCGACGCAAGCUGCAGAGCUAUUUUACCGCUACUCUCAGCUACCACGCAAUGACUUGGAGAUUAGAAACGAGGUCAUCGCUAUUGUACAUGAGCUCGGAUAUCUAGCUUUGGCUGUUACUCUUGCUGCUUCUUACAUUGGUUCAACUCCACGGCUACGCUCCAACAUCAAGACCUAUCUACCGGACUACAGACGAAGGCGACGGGAGAUUCUCAAUCGAAACCCUGAUGGUUUGGUCCAUAAAUACCAGCACAGUGUCCUUACUACAUGGGAGACGUCCUACGAAGCUAUCGCCAAGCUAUGUCCGGAAGCGUCGGCUCUGAUGACAAGUUUAUCGUUUCUCAACUUCGACGAUAUAUUUUUGGAAUUAUUCCAUGCUGGCAAACCGAACAGAGACAUGUACACCUUGGACUAUGAUGCUCCUGAUCAUUACCGACGCAUAGUCACUCCAGAGCAUAAUCUAGAGCUACACAAGCUUGAGGACCACUUGCAGAUACUGAAGAGUUACUCGUUUGUGGAUUGGAGCCCGGAUAGUCAGAGUUACUCAAUGCAUAAGUUGGUGCAUGCUUGGGGUUACGAUAGGCUUGGGAAAGAGCAAAAGCAUCAAGACAGCUUAAUAACGUGUCACCGUCUGGUCCUAGCAGGCAGCUGCGGGAAAACGCCGGAAGCUCGGCUUCGACUGCUGCCGCAUAUCAUGGCGAACUUUGCAGCGAUUCAAAAUGCAACGAGACUGUCAAAUUCAAUUUCAACGAUUCUGCUUGACCAUUUAAAAAUGGCGGGGUUCUUUGUUGGCAGUCUGGGACGCUGGACAGAUGGCAAUUUGAUUCGUCACUUUGUAUAUCAUGAGACCAAAAGGAUCCAUGGCGAGAACUACAAGGAUACAAUCCAAGCACUGAGUGAUCUCGCAGGUACCUUGCAUGGGCUAGGACGGUAUGAAGAAGCACUUUCAAUGCUCAUGGAGAUACUAGAGAAGCGUAUGCGACUAUAUGGAAUGCAACAUCUAGCUACGCUCGGCACAAUUAACAGUAUUGCAACGGUAUGCAUAAGCCUAGGGCAACUGGACAAGGCAGAAGAUAUGUCUAAUGUUGCGGCGGGGCUGCUCUACAUGUAUCAUCAGGACAGUUCUUUCUUUCUUGAGGCGACGCACUCCCAAGCCAUAUUGCUUAUUCUUCAGGGAAAAUUGGAUAUAGCAUUCUCGGCGCUGAAAGCGUUGAUGGAGGGGAAUGAUGAACUUUUUGGCAAUGAUACACACAAAACACACGAGGCAAUACAGACAUUCGCAAUAGCGAUUGGACGAAAAGGGGACAAGGACAAAGAGAUUGAAAUUCUGGGGAGAUUGCUAGAAGCAGCCAGAAUGUUCGAAGGUGAAGAUCAUCCAUUGACAAUCACAACGAUGGCACUCUUUGCAGACCGAAUCCAGUAUCAACCAGGCCAGUUGAAAAAUGCGAUCGAAAUGACCAAAGAGGCGCUGGAGAAGUGUGAACGGCAUCGUGGGAAACACCACCCAAAAACACUCGAAAUAAUCGAUACUCUCGCAAAUAUGCUUCGGAGGGAUCAACAGCUGAGCGAGUCAGAAACAAUGUUCAAGGAGGUUUUUAGAAGAAGACGGCGGGUCUAUGGUGAUAAUCAUAAAUGCACAAUCUCGACAUUGGAAAGCUAUGCUACUACAAUAUCUGAACGGGGUCGGGCAGACGAAGCAAUUCGGAUGCUCAGAAACGUGGUACAGUGGAGGAUACGAAAUCUAGGCGAGAAUGAUCCUUCCACACAGAAAGUCCGUCGGCGUAUCUCAGAGGCUCAACCAAACUCUGCCCGAUGA